AUGCAAUCGCUCUACAGCCUUUACACUCAAUGCUUUCCCCCUUCUCCAACAUUCGUCGACUCUUACGUCGGCCUUCAACUACGCCGAGUCUUUCUAAUCACCGGCGGAAAUUCAGGGCUCGGUCUAGAGCUUGUCAAAAGGCUGUACCCAACUGGUGCAACUAUUUAUCUGGCUUGUCGUUCCCAAGAACGUGCCGAGGCCGCUAUACAGGAGGUGAUUGAUGUCGCUCAGAAGGCUGAUAUCAGCACACCUGGGAAACUCAAAUUUCUGCAUCUAGACUUGGCUGAUCUUUCUUCGAUCCGCAAAUCAGCGGCUGCUUUUACUGAGCAGGAGUCUAGGCUGGAUAUAUUGUGGAAUAAUGCCGGUAUUGGGGGGUGUCCUGUUGGAACUACUACCGCGCAAGGGAUUGAGGGGCAUGUUGGGGUGAACUGUGUUGGAGCUUUGAUGCUCACUCAGGCUCUCCUGCCACUGCUGCGGGCCGCGGUUCGUGAUAGUCCCCCGGGUAGCGUCAGGGUUGUCUGGACGGCGAGUCUGAGUAUCGAAGCGUUUGCUCCUGUCGGCGGGGCGAGGCUGGAUCAGCUUAAUAGUGGAAGCACACAAUACCCCGUUGGCGACUACGCACAAUCAAAAGUGGGAAAUUGGUGGCUAGCAAUUGAAACGGCUCGACGGUACGCGAUAUAUGGCAUUGUGAGCGUGGCGCAGAACCCGGGCCAAUUGGAUACUGAUGUGUGGAAGCAUCAGGCGUGGUGGCUCAUGAUCCUAGUAAGACCUACCCUGUACAAGAGAAGCUUUGGUGCAUAUACCAUGCUGUAUGCAGGAUUCUCAAAGGAUCUAGUCGUUGGAGAUAUGCGGUACGUGAUGCCAUGGGGACGGUUAAGAAUUUGGAAUGAGUGUCCGCGAAGGGAUAUUGUAGAAGCUAUAGAGAAAGGGGGGCCGAAAUGGUUCUGGGAGUGGUGCGAAGAAUCGUUCAGACCAUAUAUGUAA